CUGAGUGCCCAGGAGGAACAGAAUGCGGGAAUAGCACAGUUGGAGUUGAAAGUCGAUCUCCAGAAUGACGGACUUCUGAACUUGAAAGGGGAAUCUUUACAAACCUGGUGUUCCAAUGCCAGCUAUCUGUUUGUAAUUUCCUCUUCUGACUGCAUGACGCCAAGAUUCAGCUAGGCUGUUCUUCCAGGCUACCAUGGAUAGUGAAUAUGUACACGGUCACAUCAAGAAGCUGCAAGAGCAGCGUAUGUCCACACAGAAGAAAACCUUCACCAACUGGAUAAACAAUGUCUUCCGCAGGAACAAUGUGAACAUUGUGAUACAAGACAUCUACACGGAGCUGAAGGAUGGCAUUUACUUCCUGCAACUCCUGGAGGUGCUCUCUGGAGAAUCACUGCCUAGACCAAACUGCGGCAAGAUGAGGGUACAUUUUCUGGAGAACAAUAGCAGAGCCAUCAAGUUCCUCAAAUCCAAGCAGGUGCAAGUAAAGGUGAUUGGCCCUGAGAAUAUUGUAGAUGGCGACCGGACCCUAAUCCUGGGAUUAAUCUGGAUCAUUAUCCUCCGGUUCCAGAUUUCUUCCAUCACUCUUGAUAAGGAGGAAUUUGGAGUCCGUGCUGAUGUACUGUCUGCCAAUGAAGCCCUGCUGAUCUGGUGUCAGCAUAAGACUGCUAGUUACUCCAAUGUGAGUGUGAAGGACUUCUCUAAAAGCUGGUCUGAUGGCCUGGCUUUCAACGCCCUCAUUCACGUUCACAGGCCUGAUCUCAUCCACUACAGCUCACUGAGGCGUGAGCAGCCCAUCAAGAACCUGAACAAUGCCUUCAGCGUGGCACAGAAGCACCUGGGAAUCACUAAGCUGCUGGAUGCUGAGGAUGUGGCAAUGCCUCAUCCAGAUGAGAGAUCCAUCAUGACCUAUGUGUCGCUCUAUUACCAUUACUUUUCCAGGCUGAAGCAGGGCCAGACUGUCCAGAAGAGGCUUGCUAAAAUUCUUUCCUUCCUCAAGGAGAUUGAUGACUUGAAGUUUCAGUAUGAGCAGAUGAUCUCUGAGCUCUUGAAAUGGAUUAAACAGAAAGUAGUAGAGUUGGACGAUCGCCACUUUCCCAACUCCUUACAGGACAUGUGGAUGCUCGUGGCCAACUUCAAGACCUUCCGCACGGUAGAGAAGCCCUCCAAAUACCAAGAGAAGGGGAUGAUUGAAGCCCACUUUUUCCACAUCAGAACCAAGCAAAGAGCCAACAAUCAACGGCCAUAUCUGCCUCCUGAAGGCAGCACACUGCAAAAUGUGGAAAAGCACUGGGUCAUCUUGGAGAAAGCGGAGCACAGCCGGGGAGAAGCGCUGCAGCGGGAGAUGCAGAGGCUGGAGAGAGUGGAACAGUUGGCCCAGAGGUUCCUGAAGAAAGCAGCCUUGCGUGAGUCCUACUUGGAGGACAUGAGGAAGGUGCUCAGGAAGCAGGACUUCCAGCCAGAGAGUGUAGACAAGGUGGAGGCUGCCACUAAGAAGCUUGAAGCUAUUGUGGCAGAUGUACUGCCCAGGGAGCAACGCUUCAGAGCAGUGGCUGACAUGGCAUCUGUUAUAACCCGAGAGAACUAUCAUCGCAAGAUCCAGAUCAUAAAGAAGCAAGAGGACAUUUCUCAACAGUGGCAGGAUCUACUGGAGCAGCUCCAGAGACAGAAACACUCUCUCGGAGCAAUGCAGGAAACUCUGGGCCUUCUGAGGGACAUUGAUACCAUUACAGAGGAAAUCAAAAGACUGCAGGCACUAGUGAUAUCUCAGGAUUACGGGAAGCAGCUCUUGGAGGUAGUAGAUUUGUUGCAGAAGCACAAUUUGGUUGACUUCCAGAUCACUUCCUAUGAUGAUAGGGUGAGGUACAUCAUCACCCAAAGGACAGCAGAGGCCACCAAGGGCAAAGCAAUCAAGUCAGAUAUGCUUCAUGCCAAAGCUCGGAUGCUUCAUCAGCUGUACCAAAACCUCGUGGCUCUCAGCAAAUCCCGACAAUCCCAGCUACAGGAGGCGUUGAAGCUUUUUGAGUUUUUCCAUGACUGUCAGGAAGAAGAGUCAUGGAUCUCUGAGAAAUGGCAGCUAGUGAGGACAGCAAUAUUAGGACGAGAUCUCAGUCAGAUUACUGCCUCCAUUCAGAAGCACAAGGCUCUAGAAGUCGAGUGCAACUCCCACAAGGCGAUUUGUUCCAAUACAAUGAGGAAGGGCUGGGAGCUAAGUCAAACAAACCACUCAAACCAGAGGGAUAUCCAGAUGCAGACAGACAGCCUCCAGAAACUGUGGCAACAGCUCCAAGACGAGAUGACCAGUCGUAAAAUCCGUCUGCAGGCAGCUGCUUUAAUCAAACAGUACUUUGCUGACAUUGAUGAAGCAGACUCAUGGCUACGGGAGCGGAAGCCCCUCCUGGCCAGUAAAGAUUAUGGGAAGGAUGAGUCCAGUGCAGAAGCCUUGCUACACCGCCACUUGCGACUGGAGAAGGAGAUCACAGGCUACUGCCUGGAGAUAAGGCGCCUGGAAGAACAAGCUUGUAUUGUAGCAAAGCAGGCUCCUUCUGCGGUGGGAUCAGUGCCAGUGGUGAAGGCUCAGGUCCAGAGUAACCUAAACCAGAGGAUCGCUAAACUACCACCAAGCCGCUCUGUGCUCUGGGGAACCCUGGAAAUUGGAUUUUCUAAUCCACCUGAUUCAGAUCCCCACUUUGUUCCAGAGAACAUCUGGAGGACCCAGAAUGAAAUAAACUUGCUUUAUGAGAAUCUACAGACCAUGGCUAAGCAUCGGAAGAAAGGUCUGGAGGAGAUGAUCAGAUUGUACCGCUUGUACAACUCCUGUGAAGAGUUUCAGUCUUGGAUGGAAGAUAAGGAGAAGAUUUUCCAGACCCUUCAGCCUGGAGCAGACAAUGUGGAUGUCACGCAGCAGAAAUAUGAGAGCUUUCUAGUGGAAAUGACUGCUGGGAAAAUCCAGCUGGGAGAGAUCAAAUGCCUAGCAGAUAAGUUUGCAAAGAGCAGUCCCAGCAAACAGAAUGAGAUCCAAGCCCACCUUAAAGAGCUCAGUAGAAGAUGGGAGCACCUGGAAACUCUGAAGGAGGAAAAGGGUUCAGAGCUGAUUGGGGUGGCUGAUGUGAGGACAUUCCUCCAGGACUGUGAGAGCACCAGAGGGCUACUACAAGACAAGCUGGUCCAUCUCAAGGGUAUGGAACCUGCAAAAACACCUGCCGUACUGGAAGCAGACCGGCGCAAGCUGUCUGCCUUUGACAGGGAGGUCCUGGUGCUGGAGAGGAAAAUUGAAUACCUGAAGAGUGUGGCCAAAUCGAUUAAGGACACCAACCCUGCAGAGAGCAGGGCCAUCAAAAAGCAAGUGGAGAAUAUGGAGAAGCUGCUGGUCACACUCAAGUCACAGACUAAAGAGAGGGAGACAGCCCUGGAGUUGGCACAGGAUCAACAGGCUUUCCUGCAGGACAGCCGCAGACUCCUGCUCUGGGGAAAUGGCAUCAGGGAGAAGCUGGGCAGUGAGGAGAUGGGCCUGGAUGUGGCUUCCGCAGAGCAGUUGCUGAAGGAACAUCAGGACCUUCUGAAGGAAAUUCGAACUCAGAAGGACAGGUUUAUGCAGCUCGAAGAGCUGGGGCAGAAGGUAAUGUAUGGUCAGCCCAGCAACAGGACCCAGGAUGUGCGCCAGACUGUGGAGAGGCUUACCCAAGAAAGCAGUGAGCUGGAGGAGAUGUGGGAGCAGCGGAAGAAGAGGCUCCAAGACAGCUUGGAACUGCAAAAGUUCAAUAGGGAAGCAGAUCGCAUCAAUGCAACCCUCUCCAGCCAUGAGGCUUUUCUACGAGUAGAUGACCUUGGAGACCAUGUGGAUGCUGUUCACACCCUUCUCAAGCGACAUGAGGAUUUUGAACGACUGCUGAUGGCACUGAAGCAACGGGCUGAAGUGAUGCAUGAGCAUGGGGAGAAGCUAGUGGAGAACAGGCACUUUGCUUCUUGCAUGAUCGAGGAGAGACUGGCUGCAUUCCGGAACCGAUGGGAACGACUGAGACAGAGUAAUGAACAGAAAAAAAGGAAGCUGCUGGCAUCUCUUCAGCUGCAGGAGUUCAACCGUGAUGUUGCUGAGCAGCUUGUAUGGAUGGAAGAGAAGUACAAGAUUGCAUCAGAUGAAUCCUAUCGUGACCCAACAAAUAUCCUGCGCAAACUGAAGUGGCAUGAGGCUGCUGAAAAGGAAAUGAUGGCAAACAAGAAGCACUUUACAGAGCUGAUAAUGAUUGGAAAUCAGCUGAUUCAAGAUGACCAUUAUGCUGCAGAUUCUAUCUGGGACAAGAUGUCAGAGCUGAAGAAGAAGUGGGAGAAAUUGUACAACAAAAUGACAGAGCGAGGAGACAAGCUGAGACAGGCCGGACAGCAAGAACAGCUCAUGGAACUCCUCCAGGAUGCAAAAGAGAAGAUAGAAAAGAUUGAGAAGGUUCUUCAGGAUGCAGAGAUGGGUCAUGACCUGCGCUCCAGCCGCAAUCUGCUCAAGCAACAUAGUCAACUGGAAAAGGAGACUGUGGAGUUGGCUGAGAAAAUGAACUCCAUUGUGUCCUGUGCAGAGAAAAUGGCAACCAAUCACUUUGACUCCCAGAAGAUUCUGGAUGAGACACAGAAAUAUCUGGAAAGGUUUGAGUCUUUGCAGGUGCCUCUUAAUGAGAGGCACCAGAUGCUGCAGGCAACAGUGGAUCUGUACCAGUUCUACCAUUACUAUGACAUGGAGAUGAAUUGGAUCAGUGAACGAUUGCUCAUUGCGAACUCCACCAACUGUGGCAAGUCCUUAGAUAUGGCUCAAAGCCUGCUGCACAAACACAAGGAAUUACAAGCAGAAGUGAAUGCCCACAAACAGCAAGUUCAGAGGGUGUUGGAGACUGGAAAGACUAUGAUUGGGUGCAAGCACUCUUCAUUUCAGAGUAUAAAGGAGAAAUGCCAGGAGCUCAGCAACAGCUGGGUGGAGCUGGAGAAGGUGUGUGAAGAGAGGUUGAAGCAGCUGCAGCAUUCUGUUGGCUUCCAGCAGUUUUUACUGAAUACCUCAGACCUGGAGACUUGGGUAUCAGAAAAGCUUCCAGUUGUGACCAGCAAAGACUAUGGCAAAGAUGAGGCUGCAACUCUGAAACUCCUCAAGAAACACAAGGCAUUGGAACACGAAAUUGAGGUUUAUGAGAAUAUGAUGCUAGAGCUGGGUAAAACUGCCAAAACCCUUCCUCUCCCCGGCUCCAUCCAGUUUGAUGAGGUUGAUGCCCCACAGGAACAAGUUCACUCUAAGGUCCAGGAGUUACUGGAGCUGGCCACAGCAAGAGGGAAGAAGCUAGAUGAGACUCUUGGUCUGCAUGAGUAUCUGAGGGAGUAUGAGGAUCUGCGGGACUGGAUCAAUCAGCAGAGGCAGAUGGCCAGCUCUGAUGAUUAUGGCAGUGAUUAUGAACAUGUCCUGCAUCUUUGUGCCAAAUAUGAUUCGUUCCUGCACCAGAUAGAAAUGGCUGCCAAGAGAGUUGCAGCUUGCCAGCAACUAGCAGAGAAUUUGCUGGACCAUGGACAUUCGGAAUCCAGAGAGAUCCGGCAGAAGCAGAAGGAGCUACGGAACUCCUGGGAAGAGUUGUUGGAGAUGACCAGGUUACGAGGCGAGCGACUGAAGGAUGCAGAGGCAAUUCACAAGAGUUACCAAGACCUGUCAGAUGCCCUUACCCACAUUGAGGAGAAGUCCAAGAGCAUCCCUGAUGACAUUGCUAAGGACAUGAAUGGCGUGCACUCCCAGUUACGCCAACAUGCAGCCCUUGAACAUGAGCUCUUAGGGAAUGAGCAGCAGUUGCAGAAGCUGAUCGAUGCUGCAGAUGGCGUGCUGGCCCGGUGCUCUGAGAGACAGGUGGCAGACCUGCAAGCGAAGCAGCAAGCAAUAGUGGAGAACUGGGAGUCCCUGAAGUCUAAAGUGGAACAGCGCAGGGAACAUUUGGAACAGGCCUGCAAGCUUUACCAAUUUCAAGCAGCUGUGUGGGACUAUUUCUCCUGGACAGCCGAGAUGAUGAGGGAAAUGAAGACUGAGGAGACAAUCCGGGAUAUAUUCACUAGUAGCCUGAGGCUUACCCAACAUCAGCAGCUGUUGGCAGAGAUUGAGGCACGAGAGGAGACAUACAAUCGAGUGGCACAGCUAGGACAGUCACUGCUGCAGGAAGAGAAAAUAUCAUCAACAGAGAUCCAGCAGAAGUUGCAGGCUUUGUUGGAAGAAAAGGAUAAUGUGUGCCAUCAAUGGGAGCAGAAGAAGGAGUGGUUGGAGAAGAUACACCAAGAACAAAUGUUCUACCGGGAUCAGGAUCACUUGGAAAAGAUCCUGAAGUCUCAGGAGAUUUAUUUGAAAACCAGUGACCUGGGAAACUCGGUAGAUGAGGUGGAGCAGCUGAUCAGGAAACACAAGGCUUUUGAGAAGAUUCUGACCUCUCAGGAUGAAAAGGUGACAUCUCUUCAGGAUCAGGCAAAGAGGCUGCAGAAGGAUGGUGGGCUGGAAGGGAUAAGGAUCCAGCACAAACUGAACUCUGCACUUGAGAGGAGGAGUCAGAUCAAAGAUCUGUCUCAGAGUAGACGGGAGAAACUGCAGACCACACUCCUCCUCAUGCUCUUCUACCAGAACCUUGCAGAGGCAGAAGAUUGGAUCAAUGAGCGCAUGCAAAAGCUGGAGGACCCUUCCAUCCGAGACCACAGCAACCUGCAGGACAAAAUGAACCUGCUGCAGAAACAUCAGGUCUUUGAGGCUGAGAUUCUGGCUAAUGAGGAGAUCAUCACAGCUGUUAACAAGAAAGGGGAAGCCCUGGUUUCACAGAGCCACCCAAAAUCAGGGGAGAUCUGUCGUAAGACCCGUAUGCUCCAGGAGCACUGGGAGAAGCUGAAGUGGUCUGUUGCUGCUCAUGGAAAGAUGCUGGAGGACAUUCGGGACUUCCUGGAGUUUCUGCAGAAAGUGGACCAAGUGGAGGCCUGGAUUAGGGAGAAGGAAGUGAUGAUUAAUAUCGGUGAUAUUGGGAAUGACUACGAACACUGCCUGCAGCUCAUGAAAAAGCUGAAUGAGUUUCGAGGAGCAGCAUCAGGGGAGAUGACGGUGGAUGAUGCUCACAUCAAAACCAUCAAUGCCCUGGCCAUGAAACUGGAGAGACAGAACAAGGAAGAAGUGAAGACAAUAUAUCAGCGCCGGAAGCAGCUCAAUGAGAAGUGGACCAGUUUCCAUGGUAACCUGAAUGCAUACAGGAGGAAGCUGGAGGGAGCCCUGGAGAUCCAUGCCUUAAUCAGAGAAAUUGAUGACAUCACGGAGAGAAUUAGUGAGAAGAGUGCACUGAUACAAGCAUUGGAUUAUGGGAAAGAUGUGGAGAGUGUGGCAAACCUGAUUCGACGACAUGAGGAUAUGGAGAGGGAAAUCAGUGUCAUCAAGUCCAAAAUGGAGACACUGGAAUUGAAAUCUUUCCGCCUUUGCAAGAUGAAUCCAUCCAUAAAUGACAAAUUGAGUACAAAGCAAAGAGGGAUGAAAGACAGCUGGCUACGGCUUCAGGGGCAGGCCAAACAAAGGAGGGAAAAGCUGGCAGCUUCUUACCAGUUGCAGAAGUUUAACUUGGAGCUAAAGGAGCUGCUAGAUUGGAUUCAAAAAAUCAGAGGCUUAAUGGAAGCAGGGGGCCUUCCCGAAAGCCCAGCUGAGGCAAAAAGCAUGAUUGAGGAGCAUCAUGAGAGAAAGGCGGAGAUUGAAGCCCGAAUGGAAAGAUUCAACUCACUUGGCAGCUUUGGUCAGAAACUUGCCAACUCUGGUCAUUAUGCAACCCCGGAGAUCCACCAAUCUCUCUCCAGAUUGCAGCAAGCCUUGUCUGAACUGAUCCAGGCAUGGCAGGAGCAAUAUGUAAAACUGUUUCAGGCCCAGGACUUACAAAAAUUCUUUGGCUAUGUGGAGCAGAACGAGAGCUGGCUCAGCAGCAAAGAGGCCUUCUUGGCCAAUGAGGAUUUAGGGGAUUCUGUGUCCAGUGUGGAGAGCCUGCAGCGGAAACACAUGCAGUUUGAAAAGGCUCUGGAAGCCCAGACGGAGAAGAUCAAUGUGAUGGACUCCUUUGCACAGCAACUGAGGCAGAGCAAGCAUUACGACUCGGAGAACAUCACGAACAAGUGUCAGGCUAUACUGAGGAGGAAAGAUAAACUGCUGGAGAAUGCUGUGGCUCGCAGGCAUGUGCUGGAGGAAUCCAGGCUAUUGCAGAGGUUUCUGCAGAAUUCCUUUGAGGUCGCAGCCUGGAUAAAUGAGAAGAACAGUAUUGCUUUGGAUGAGAGCUGGAAGGACCCGAGCAACCUGAAGACCAAGCUGCAGAAACACCAGACUUUCCACGCAGAGAUCAUGGCCAACCGAAAUCGCAUAGACAACAUCAAGGCUGAGGGAGAGAAGAUGCUUCAGGAGGGACAUUAUGCUCCUGAGGCCAUUCAGUCCAGACUGCAAGAAAUGGAAGAGCUCUGGGAUGAGUUGCUGGAAAACUGCCAUGAAAAAAGAACCAAGCUAGAGGAUACCUACAAGGCCCUGCGUUUCCAGCGGAGUGUGGAGGAUAUGGAGAAAUGGCUGGAAGAUGUGGAAAGUGAGCUGAAGGCUCCAGACAGUAGCAGUGACCUGAUGGUUUUGAAUAGUCUCCUGAAGAAACAAGGGGCAUUGGAGGAAGAUGUUGCUAGCCAUAGGGAUCGGCUACAAGUGCUUGUGGACACAGCCUGUGAAUUCCAGCAAGAGAAGCAUUUUCUUGCAGAUGAGAUACAGGAGAGGGUUGAUCAAGUGGUGCACAGGUACAAGCACCUAAGUGAUCCGCUGCAGGAGAGGCGUGGGAGUUUGGAAUCGAGCAGGCUACAGUACCAGUUCUUCCGGGAUGUUGACGAUGAGUUGGCCUGGGUUCAAGAGAAGCUCCCCCUGGCUUCCUCCAAGGACUAUGGCCAAUCUCUGACAACGGUCCAAAGCUUACAGGAAAAGCACCAGAACUUGGAGAAUGAGAUUAGCAGCCGUGAUGCUCUAACAAAAGUGGUGGUCAGCACUGGGCAGAAGCUGGUGAGGGGUGGGCAUUCUGCCUCCCAGGCGAUCAUGAAACGUUUGAAGAAGCUAGAGGCUUCUGUAGAAAUCUUGAAGGCCGAGGCUCAAGAGAGGAGAAGGAGACUCAUGCAAUCAUAUGAGGUCCAUCAAUUCCUCAGUGAGCUUUUGGAAGUAGAGUCCUGGAUGGCAGAGAGGGGGUUCAUCCUUGAGACUUCUGACUGUGAGACGAAUGAAGAAACCACCCAGGUGUUGCUUCGUAAACUGGAGGCUACCAAGCUGGACGUGGAAGGGUUCAAGCCCCGAACUGAUAAGCUGCAGGAGACUGGCACCAACCUAAUAAACAGUGACAACCCAGAGAGUCCAGCCAUGCUUCUGAAGCUCCAGGCUGUCCUAGAAAACUACAAGUCUCUUCUACAGAGAGCUGAGACCCAGAGGAGACACCUGCAGGAACAAUACCAAUUGUACCAGUUUGAGAAAGAGAUCCAAUUAGUGGAUGCCUGGCUUUCCAGCAGACAGGCUGUGGCAGAAUCAGAUGACUAUGGGCAGGAUUUGGAAGAUGUUGAGGUGCUGGAGAAAAAGUUUGAAGAUUUUAUAAAGGAGGUGAAACCUCUGGGACAUACUAAGGUUUUCUCGAUAAAUGAAUUAGCAUCCCACCUGGAGAAAGAGUGCCACAGCCAAAUAGGAGAUAUCCAGAGGAGGACCCAUCAGGUCAAUGACACAUGGGAGAGACUAUGCCAAGCCAUCCAGACGAGGACAGAGAAUCUGAGAGCUGCCCAGCAAGUUCAUCAGUAUGACCAUGAUGUGGAUGAGCUAAAGGGUUGGAUGCAGGAGAAAGAGGCAGUGGUGGACAUAGACGGUUAUGGAUAUGACCUGCCAGGUGUGCAGACCCUCCUCAGCCAGCAUGAAGGAGUGGAGAGAGACCUUGCAGCCAUCGCGAAAGAGCUGAAGAGGAUCCAAGGGGAGGCUCGACGUCUCAGCCGGCUCUACCCUCAGGCCAAGGAGAACAUAAUGGAGAGACUCACAGAGGUGGAUGAAUGCUGGGAGAAACUGACCAUGAAGUCUGUGGAGAGGAAGGAGAGGCUGAGCCAGGCAGAACAAGUCCAGGUCUACUUCAAUGACUGCAGGGAGCUGAUGGUUUGGGCCAAUGAGAUGCAUGCACUGGUGAUAUCUGAGGAACUAGCAAGCGAUGUUCUUGGCGCUGAGCUGCUAAUCAAGCACCAUGAAGAGUAUAAGCGUGAAAUAGAGAAGCAGUGGUUAAAAUAUGAAGAUAUGCAGCAGGCAGGGAACAACCUGGUGAAGAAUGGACACUUCAUGUCUAUGGAGAUUGAGGAAAAACUGUCAGAGUUGUCAGAACUGAUGAAGAAGGUGAAGGAGAGCUGGGAUUUGAGGAAGGAGCUGUAUGAGGAAAACUGGGAGAUCCAAUUACUACGGCGAGAGCUGGAUCAAGCAGAGGCAUGGCUGGCCGCCAAGGAGGGCUUUCUCUCAGAUCCUAGCUAUGGGGAUUCAGUGUCUGAUGUAGAGGAACUACUGAAGAAACACCGGGACUUUGAGAUGAUGCUUGCAGCCCAAGAGGACAAGUUUGUACAGCUGAACAGGAAGACAAAGAGGGAAAUGAAGAUACUGAAGCAGAUUUAUGCUGAGGAAAAUGGGCAAAAGGAGAGAGGGAAAGUCAUUAGGGUCCCAUCUCUGAGAAGGAAGCCCUCAGACAGAAGGAUGCCAUCCUCAAGACUGAUAGAGCUAAAGAGAACCAGACCAUUGCCAUCUCUAUCCUCCUCAUCCAGCCUCGUCUUGAGGGGUCCCCUUGAAACUAUUGCCUCUCCAGUCCAAAAGUCCACAGAAGCAUUCCAGCAAUUUGGGUCUGAGGAAAAUCCAGAGAUGUUGCCCAACACCAAUGGAGAAACGAAAGGUGUGAGGAGGCUCAGUGAGAUUAACACUCAACCUACGCAAAAACUGAUGGGCCUGCAAGUCACAUCCUUGGGAAGCCACAGCUCUCCUUCCAGUCCAGUAAACAGACGAAGUGCCACUAGUUUGUCAGAAUCAUAUUCCAAGGACCUCUUAUCAUCCCAUGAGAAAAACCUUAGCAGUUGCCCCAUCUCUAACCUGGAAAUAAAAGUUGUGAAGACUCCACCUAGGUCUAGCCAAAGUUCAUUAGAUGUUUCUCCACAUUCACCACAGUCAAGUUCCUCUCUUGAGAGGUCAGAAAAUGACCUUUUGGUUUCUGUAAGUCACCAGAACAUGGAGGGGUUACUAGAAAAAAGGGACCAGCUUCUUCCAGGACGGAAGCAGCCACACUCCAGGUCUUGGAAUUCCUAUUAUGUAAAACUCAACAAACAAAAACUUGACUUCUACAGUGAUGAAACAGAAGCGUCCAAGAACGUAACCACAAUCCCAUCAAUCAGUGUUGCUGGUGCCAAGUGUGAGAGGCUGACUGACUAUGCCAGGAAAGAGAACACAUUUAGUUUACGGUUGAGUGAUGGGGCAGAAUACUACUUUGCAGCACGUUCUCAGAAGCUGAUGGAUGAAUGGAUACAAGCGCUUAGGAGUGAUAUAGGCCACAGUAACAGUUAUGCUUCUAAAUUGAUGGCACAACCAGUCGCUCCAAAUACAGAGAGUCCUCAGACCAGACCUUGGAACUUCCCAGGUGGCGGGCCUGCUGAAAGACAAACCAGCAGAGGCUUGCUACUCAGGAGAACUCCUUCUUUCAAAGUCAGGCAAGAGACAGAAUCUGCAAACAUUCCCAGGGAAGCAGAGGGAGACACACAUGGGAUUAUGAAGACACCAAGCUUCACCUCUGUCCAGAACCCUGCAGACAUGGGAGCCAAGGCUGAGGAUCAGAGUGUGCAGACCAAAUGCUUAGCAAAUCCACUGACCCAGAUGAAGGAAGAUCUAGCGAUUGAGGGCAGGAAGGAGAAACACAAGAAAGAUAAGAAUGUCUUUCAAAAGCUUUUUUCCAAAAAGUAAGAGCAGCAGCACAAGAGAGCACGCACUCUUCAAUUUUCUGGAUGAGACAGACUCUUCCCUGUCAUAGCACCCUAUUGCCUUGGAGUCCAGAUGGACAGUGAGCAAGUGAAAUGAGUAUGGGAGAAGGGAAUGCUCAAGCAUUGGGAAAAGACACAGCACUUGGAAAAGAAUAGAACUGUCACUGUUUUAACAAAUUGAACUUGGGUGGAUCAAUCUACCUGGUUCUACCAGGCCUAUAGAAGGCUUUUGUUUAAAUUGAAUGCUCAUGAAUGUGAGGAAAUAAUAGUGCUGGCUAAUGUCUGGUAUACUCCUUAUUCCCACCUGUCAUGGGAAAUUGUGUGAUGAUGACUAAUGUCUACCAGGGACCAAGAUGAGAUACAACUGGAUUUGUAUCCACCUAUUGCAUAAGCUGCACUUUGAUCCCAAAUCUCCACAGAUGAACCAUUAGUAUAUUCACCCUGUCCCCCCACCCCACACAAUGUAUCCACCCAAUGUCUUAUUUUACCUCUAAGUUCUAAAAGAAAGGUGCUGUUGAUUCCAUUGUAUACAGUUGUGAAAGCUUAAAUGCACACAGCUUGCCAUUAUUGUUGUGAGUGGCACUCUGUGGAAUCAUAAUACAGAAGUGUAAGAACAUGGAAUCAUUCCAUGAAGUGACAAGAAUCGUUUCUGCAAUGCUUUUAGCUGUCACCAUGGAAAGAGAGAGAGGAAUAUUUCCUACUCAUAUUAAACUUUCAGGUGUUGCUAGAUUCUUGCAGAGCUCCCCAUCAACUGCCAAAAACAAUUGAUUCAAGAACCUCAAAAUACUGUGGGGUUCAAUUUACUGUCCACAGCUCUGUCUAUACCCUCAGUUUCAGGAUUCUUUAUUUAUUAUGCAAAUAAUUUUAAAUAAUAAAAGGGAGGGGGGCACCAGAUUUGAAUGGAAUGUAAGUAACUGUGGAACUAAAAUGAAUGACCUCCUAAAAAUGAUGUAUACUUGUGUGUGAUGCUAGCCAAAUAAUCAUGCAAAGUUAAAAACUUUAGAACAGGGGUCAGCAACCUUUCAGAAGUGGUGUGCCGAGUCUUCAUUUAUUCACUCUAAUUUAAGG